AUGGCUUCCGACGUGCGGAGCCAUUGUGGCCGGACUGUGGAUUUUGAGCAAAGUGUUUAACGCUGUACAUGAGCGAGUAUUCCCCAUGAUAUAUCCAAGUAUGAUGGACGGAAUAACGGUCAAUCUUGCUAAAGAUUUGAUGCCGAUAAAACGUGACCUGUUCGCAGACCUCCCAAUGCUUCAACAGCGAGCCACUCGCUCAGGUGACGAUUUCACAGUCCUGGAAAUCGGUGUCGGGACUGGAGCGAACUUCGAAUACUACCCGGAGGGGACGAAACUGAUUCCAGUGGACCCCAUGGCAGGAUUUGACAGCUAUAUAGAUUCCAACGCCAAGAAGUUUUCCCACAUCAACGUUCAGAAAUUAGUGUUAGCGUUCGGCGAGAACAUGGAGGAAGUUGCCGAUGACAGCGUGGACGUUGUCGUGGUAACGUGGGUAUUGUGUUGUGUAGAAAAUGUCGACGGUGUAAUGACUGAAAUCAAAAGAGUUCUAAAACCAGGAGGCAAGUUCUAUUUCAUGGAGCAUACUGCGGCACUACGGAAUAGUUGGACGCACGUAUUACAAAGACUACUGAACCCUGCAUGGCGCAAGAUGUGUGGAUGUUCCAUGACGGAGGAAACAUGGAAAGCUAUUGACAAAGCUGGCUUCUCAAAAGUGCAAUAUGAGAGAUUCAAUGCUCCUCUUUCAUGGACCAUUAAACCGCAUUUAGUUGGGCAUGCUGUCAAGUAA